CGAACGACAGCGACACUGACAACCACCUCAGCCAGAAUUUCAAGCGGAUUCUCGAGACACCAUGGCUGAACAACUUAUUCAACGUGGUACUCUUGAAGGCCACAGCGGCUGGGUCACCUCCCUUGCAACCAGCUUGGAGAACCCCAAUAUGCUGCUGUCUGCUUCAAGAGACAAGAGCCUCAUCAUCUGGAACUUGACUCGCGACGAAUCUGCCUACGGAUACCCGAAGCGAUCUCUGCACGGCCACUCUCACAUCGUCUCCGACUGCGUCAUCUCCUCCGAUGGUGCUUACGCUCUUUCUUCCUCUUGGGACAAGACUCUGCGAUUGUGGGAGCUGUCCACCGGCAACACCACCCGAACGUUCGUCGGCCAUACCAACGACGUCCUCUCCGUUUCCUUCUCCGCCGAUAACAGACAGAUCGUUUCUGGCUCCCGAGACCGAACCAUCAAGCUGUGGAACACUUUGGGAGACUGCAAAUUCACCAUCACCGACAAGGGCCACACCGACUGGGUUUCAUGCGUGCGCUUCUCCCCGAACCCUCAGAACCCGGUCAUUGUGAGCGCAGGUUGGGACAAGUUGGUCAAGGUUUGGGAACUCGCCUCCUGCCGCAUCCAAACCGACCAUAUCGGUCACACUGGCUACAUCAACACCGUCACCAUCUCUCCUGAUGGUUCUCUGUGCGCUUCCGGUGGCAAGGACGGUACCACCAUGUUGUGGGAUCUGAACGAGUCGAAACACCUUUACUCUCUGCAAGCUGGCGAUGAGAUCCACGCUCUUGUCUUCUCUCCUAACCGUUACUGGCUCUGCGCUGCCACCACUUCCUCCAUCACCAUCUUCGACCUCGAGAAGAAGAACAAGGUCGAUGAACUCAAGCCAGACUACGUCGAGAAGGGCAAGAAGUCUCAAGAACCAUACUGUGUCAGCUUGGUAUGGAGUGCUGAUGGUCAAACUCUAUUCUCUGGCUACACCGACAACAAGAUCCGCGCCUGGGGUGUCAUGUCUCGAGCAUAAAUGAAAAAGCUGGAAGCUGAGAGAGCUUGAUGAGGAAAGGAUGAGACGAGGAGAAUCGCUGCUACUGGCAAACUUUGUUGCUUGCCAUCAGCAACAUUGAUGUAAGCCAUUUGCAUCAUCCAUUAUGGCCGGAGCCGGCGCAUUUGAGGUAUGCUUUGUGCUAGAAAGAUGGCACGAGAAAAUGAUCAAUGUCCGAAAAGAUCCGGAAGCUGCUUGUAUCUACCUCCUCAAGGAUUCUCUUUCACCAUAUUCCUUGCCCUGAGCCGUUCCUCUGGCUUGAGCUUAUCCGCAAUAUCACCUCCAGAAUUGACCGACUCG